AUGAGCGGUCGGGAACCGAGUACAAUCUACAGUCAGCCGGCCAACACCGGUUCGGGCAUUCACGAGAACACGCAACUCGCUUCCGCAAUCGAUGCACUUAAACACCAUUCGAAUCCUGUCCGUCUUGAAGACUUUGCGCUUUCGCAAGGUCUCCCUGCCCUACUCAACCCGAACAGCGGCCUUUUCCAGCGGUUCAGGUCGCACGAUCGUGUCACAUACGAUGCUAAGACGGACCUAUACAUGUACAAGCCGGACUAUGAUCUGCGAACACCUGCGGAUCUCGUAGCACUCCUCAAAGAAAGGUUUUUGAACCCAGGUGGCAAUGGGGCGAGAAACUCUUCGGCAGCAGGAAUGAGGCUGGCAGAGCUGAGAGAGAGCUAUCCUGCCGCAAGGGACGCAAUCGAAGAGCUUGGAAAGGUAGAGCCAAAGGAGGAUAGGGAAGUGCUGAUCUUGCGAGGACAAAGAGAUGGCGCAAUCAAGCAGGUGUUUUGGAACCCGCUUCGGGGGAAAGAUGCCAAAGGUGUAGAUGAUGAAUUCAAAGAGCUCUGGCACGAAUUAAAGGUACCAGAUCUCGUCGACCUCCCCAAGGAACUCGAACGCGAAGGUCUCUCGACCACAGACAUGCUCGACGCUCCCAUCUCAGCAGCUCAGCUCGCUGCUAAUGCUAAGAACAAAAAGAAGAAGAAGGGUACCGGCGCACGCCGUUUCAAAUUGCAAAACACGCAUUUGGAAGGCGUCGACCUUUCGCAGGACUUUAUCAAACCCUCCUAG